UCUGUCAGGAAGCAAGAAUAAGCGAUUUUCGUUUUCUUCGUUUUCUUUCUACUUUUUUUUGGGUCGCUUGGUUUGUCGUUUGUUAAACUAUAAGGACGUGAUGAGCAAUACGAGUUUCAAAUUCCUUGUUGUUGGAGAUACGGGGGUAGGAAAGACCUCGAUAAUAGACUGCUUCUAUGGGAAGGAGAUCCAGCCCAUUCACAUUCAGACGUAUGUGCUGAGCGUCGAUUAUUGCACCUUCGACAUUUCUUCAAAGACAAUUGGUGUCUACAUAUGCGACCUGCCCGGAAGUGAGCGUUUUCGGCCGAUAGUAAGGUGCUUCUACCCAGGAGCGGCGGCCAUCUUGCUCGUGUUCGACCUCAUUAACCGACACACGUUCAACAACCUCCCCCAGUGGGUGAGGGAGAUACGAGAGGGUCUUCUUUUGCACGGCGCCGUCGUCCUCAUCGGGAACAAGAGUGACCUCAAGAAUGCCCGAGCGGUGUCCAGGACAGAGGCGCAGUUCUUCGCCGACAGCCUUAACUUGCUUUACUUCGAGGUUUCGGCCGCUCUCGAUCUCAACGUCGACCUGGCGUUCGACGUCGCCGCUGAGUUGGUACACGAUCGGGUCGAGGAAAGAGAUGGAACGGCGCCGGACGAGAAGGUACAGCCUUCUUGUGACGAGGGGUAGGAAGAACGCUUGAGUCUCAAGAAACAAGUGUAAUCCUAUUACUGGAUGAUGUGUGGAGUGAUUGUAUAUGUAUUUCUUUUUUUCGUUUUAUUGGUAUUCUUUUUGUUGUUCUCUGAGAGGUGGAAUUUUAAACUUAUUAUUUUCCUUGUUUGGCUAUCUUCUUCCAAAACGUCGGUGUGUUGUACCUAUUACUAUUAAAAUAUAUAAACUGAAGACGUAAAUUCGAAAAAGGUUUAACAUUACUGAUACAACCGAUGGGCCAGAUGUUUUUUUUUCUCUCUCUCUCCUAUCUUUUACGCAAAGGAAAGGAAUGUUACCCCCGCGGUCUCUAGGAAGGGUGAUUACUUUUUAUACCGUGUACUUGCUUCGGAGUGAGAAGGUAGACAAUAUAUAAUGGAACCUUUUUUGCUUUAAUUAUUUAUGAGUAUGGCAUACCUACAGCAGUGUUAUAGCGUGCGUGAUAUUUCUAAUGGACGCAAUGCUGAAGUUAUAGUGUAUAUGGUAAUGCAGUUCAUAUUUUGAUACUGUUUGUGAUAUAUUACAGCUGCCUUUUUAUACGACAUACUAGAGUUUUUUAAUUUCAAAUUCGAGAUUAUAUGGGAGUAUUUGGUAAAAAAAAAAAAUAUCUUGAUACUGUGCAAAUACAGCAUACUAUGAAUAAAUGGUUCCUGACGAA